AUGACAGAAGGGUUGCGACUGGGAGGGUAUACGGAAGAGGCUAGUAAGGAGUGGGGCUCAAAGGGAAGACUCUCAGAGGUUGAUGGGGUAGGGUUGCUCCAGGAAUUGAGGGAGGGGUUGGAUGCGGUGGGGACUGGACGAGGGAGUGGAAUGAGGGAUGAGGAGGGUUUCGUGGAAGGAGACGAGAAGACGGCUCAUGGUGGUGGCAGUGCUGGUGUUGCUCAUGCGGAGAGGAAUUGCUUGUCAGGCGUAGAUGUGGUGGGGGCUGGGAGGGGUGUUGGUGGUUCCGGUGGUGAGGAGGAGGGGUGUGGAGUGGGAGAAGAGAAGACGGUAUGUGUUGGUGUUGGUGUUGGUGUUGGUGUUGGUGUUGCUCUCGUGGAGCAGAAUUGUUUGCCGGGUGUUGAGGGUCGAAAAGGGAGCAAGGGGAAGGGGAAGGCGGUGGGGAAAGCGAAGGAGGGAGGGAAGGUUGAAAAGCGUUGUAAAGGGGCUAAAGCAAAGGCAGGAGGCAAGGCAAAAGCAGGAGGAGGGUUAAGCGGGGAAGGACUGGAGAAGGGAGGUGCAAAGCCCAAAGAUAAGUCCAAGUCUAAAAAAACUGCCAAGGCUGCAGGUUCGGCCAUGGCUGUAGGUGAAGGUGGUUCAGAUCCAUGCUUCGACUUCCUUCUCCCCAGCAGCAGCAUAGGGGAUUUGAUUGCAGUUUGGGACUUUUGCUGCCGCUUCUCCCCCGCCCUCCGCCUCUCCCCCUUCUCCCUCUCCUCUCUAGAGCUCUCCCUGGCGUUUGAGGGGGAGGGUGGGGGCGGGGGGAGGCGCGGAAUGGGGGGAGGUGUGGCGGAGAGAGAAGGGGCGAGGAGAUUUGCGAAGGGAGAAGCUGAGGUGUUAGAGUGUGAGCGGGGGGAUGGGCAGGGGGAAGUGCAAGGGGGAGAGCAGGGGGAAGUGCGGGGGGGAGAGCAGGGGGGAAGACAGGGGGAAGAGCAGGGGAAAGAGCAGGGGGGAGAGCAGGGGGAAGAGCUUGGGGGAGAGCAGGGGGGAAGCCAGGGGGAAGAGCAGGGGGGAGAGCAGGGGGGAGAGCAGGGGGUCAAGCAAAGGGAGAAGCAUGGGGAGGAGCAAAGGGAGAAACAGGCGGGAGAGCAGGAGGCAGUGCAAGGGGAGGAGAAAGGGCGACAGAAUGUGGAAGGGCAGGAAACGGGGGGAGGGGACGGGUGCCAGAAAGAGGAGAGGAGGGAAGAGGAGGAAUUGGAAGAGCAUGCAUUGAAAGAGGGGAUAUUGGAAGACGAAAAAAUGGUUUUGGGGAAAUUGGAAGAGGGAAAGUUGGAAGGGGGAAAGGUUGAAGAGGGAAAGGUGGAAGAAGGGAAAUCGGAAGAGGGGAAAUAUGAAGAGGAGAGAUGGGAAGAGGAGGAAAGAGAGGGGUCGGAAAGAGAAUGGGAUUGGGGAGCAGGGUGGGGGAAGGGGCGAAGGCUGAGAGGCAGGCGGGAUGGAGGAGGGAAGGAAGGCGGUGCGAGUGAGAGCUGGGAGAGGGAAAGAGUGCGGGAAGAAACAGGGAAUGGAAGAGGAAACGGCAGGAGGGGACAAGGCAGAGGAGGGAGUGAGGGAGGGAGUGAGGGAUGGAGUGAGGGAGGGAGAAGGCGUAGAGAGGUUGUGUUGCCUCCACUGUUGGGGGAGGUGCAUACGGCACUGCUGCGGGCAGCUCUGAGCCAUAAAGGUUUCGAACAGGAGUUCAAGAAACAGCGGCAGGGGAAGAAAGAGGUAGGUGGUGCCGUGGUGGUGUCGCCUCACACGUGGCUGGAGGACGUAUCAGCAUGGGCCAACACCCCUUCAGUGCGCUCCAGACUGCAUGCCGAGGCAUCUCAGAACUGCUUCAAGGUUCCCGGCUUGAAGGAUCCCAUCAGCCCGGCUUCGUCUUCUGGUGCGGAUCGUUGUGCUGGGAAUGAGCCAUCCACUAGUGGUGAUGGUGGGGCUGCUGCUGCUGCUGCUGCUGCUGGUAGCGCCAGUGCGGGUUGUGCUGAGAAUGAGCCGUCAACUGGCGAUGAUGGGGCUGCUGGUGGUGGUGGUGGUGGUGGUGGUGGUGGUGGUGGUGGUGGUGGUGGUGGUGGUGGUGGUGGUGGUGGUGGUGGUGGUGGUGGUGGUGGUGGUGGUGGUGGUGGUGGUGGUGGUGGUGGUGGUGGUGGUGGUGGUGGUGGUGGUGGUGGUGGUGGUGGUGGUGGUGGUGGUGGUGGUGGUGGUGGUGGUGGUGGUGGUGGUGGUGGUGGUGGUGGUGGUGGUGGUGGUGGUGGUGGUGGUGAUGGUGGUGGUGGUGGUGGUGGUGAUGGUGGUGGUAGCGCCAGUGCGGGUUGUGCUGAGAAUGAGCCGUCAACUGGUGAUGAUGGUGUUGAUGGUGAGGCUGCUGCUACAGAGCUCUCCCCUCCUACAGAGGGGGACGGGGAGGAGGGGAGGGAGGGGGAGAGAGAAGAGGGGAGGGAGGAGGAGGGGGAGGAGGCGAGGGAGGAGGGGAGGGAGGAGAGGAGGAAGGAAGGGAGAGAGGAGGGGAAGGAGGAAAGUGGAGGAGGGGAAGAAGGAAUGGGGAAGCGGAUCAGGGGAAGGAAAAGAGGAAGGAGUGGAGGAAAAGUUGGUUCGGGAACUGAGGGAGCGAGUGAGGAGGGAGAGAGAGGGAAGGGAGAGGGAGAUGAGGAAGAGAGGCGAGAAUGGGAGCGGCAGUGGGAGGAGAAGGAGAGGAGGUGGAAGCGAGAGGAGGAGGAGGAGGCAGAAGAGAUGCAGCAACUGCAAAAGAAGUGUCGGGACCUGGAUAAAGAGGUCGAGAAGGCGUCGGUUCGAGCAGUGCCGGUGGGGUGCGACCGGGAGGGCAGGCAGUACUGGUGGUUUGGGCGGGAGGCAAGAUUGUUCGUUGAAGGGGAGGUGGGGAGGCGAUGGGGAUACUACAGCAGUGUUGACGAGUUUGAUGCGCUGCUGAGCUCUCUGGACCCUCGCUUUCCAGGUGAAAGGCGCCUGCACGCCUACCUCACCGCACAGCAGGAGAGCAUCAGAUCCGCUCUCCUCUCAGGGGCAAGGGCUCUGGCUUGCCAGCUUGCAGCAGCUGCUGCCUUCCAUUCUUCUCCCCUUCCCUUCCUUUUCAAAGCGCUCUUUUCCUCCUCUCACACCCACACACCCCCCCCACCCCCCUUCAGAUCCGCUCUCCUCUCAGGGGCAAGGGCUCUGGCUCGCCAGCUUGCAGCAGCUGCUGCCUUCUCCUCCUCCCCGCCCCCUUCAGUUCCCACUGCUGGCUCUGCUGCUGCAAACGGUGCUGGUGGUGCUGCUGGUGCUGACAGUGGGGUUAUUGGUGCUCCGGGUAAUCUUAGACGCUCGACACGUGUUCGUGCCCUGUCAUCACCUGCAGCUGGUUCCACGUCAGCAGCAGCCCCGCCCACUUCAGCUGGACUGGCCACAUCAGCAUCAUCAGGGGAGAAGGCAGGGACUGGGCGAAAUGGGUCUGUGGGUGGGGGCUCGAUAUCCCCCUUAAAGAAGGCUUCAAGAUUGUCUAUGGAGCAGCAGCAGAUUCUGUUUCCACCACAGCUACGUUAUAGGGGAUUCUGCUUCGGGUGUGUGGACGGGAGGAAAUUCGCCUUGCAGGGCGUGCAGGGGCAGCAGCAGGCGGCAAGCAUGGAGGAAGAGGCGGGAGGGGGGCAGGCGAUGGUUCUGGCGGAAAUGGGCAUUGCUCUCAGCGCUUCAACCAUCCAUUGCAUUCCAUUGCAACACCCCACCUUUUCAUCCUUCAACGGCUUGUCACACGUGAAGGCACCGGGAGGCGAGCCUCGCACGAGGACCAGGUACCUGGGAGGGGAUGGGGUGGGGGAAGGGGGCAAGGGGGAUGGGAGGAGGGGAGGAGGGGGGAGUGAGGAGGGGAGGAGGGGUGUGGGAGGAGGGGAGGCGGUGGGUGGAACACACAUCACGGAGUUGGGAGGUUAG